GAGUCUCUGUUUCCUGUCGCGGUCUGUCUUUGUCAUAUGGUCUUUGUUCCCUCAGAGACUCAGAGUGAGGAGAGGAGGAACAUGUCCGCCGUGCAGCUGCUGCGGGUGUCGGUACAUGAGCUGAUCAGCGCUGCCGCUGAAGACUUCCUGCUGCAGGUGGAGAAAGGAGGAGGAAAGGAUCAAGUCCCGGAGCUGAGAGCGAUGCUCACCGAGCGGCUCGCGGCGGCGGGGGAACAGAUCCUCGCGGGGCUUGAGGAAACCUUGUUAGAGUACGAGGACCGAGUGGAGCAGUCCGAGCGGGAGAUCUGCCGCCGAGGGAGGCUGCUCGAUGCCGCGAUGCAGCCCGUAGUCCGGCUGCACAGAGCAGACAUCCAGCACCUGAUGGUGAAUAAAGAAGAGGUUCCCUCUGAGGAGCAGCAGUGGAGCCCCCUUGUGGACCAGGAGGACCUAGAGCCCCCCCACAUUAAAGAGGAACAGGAGGAACCGUUGACCAAUCAGGAUGGACAGCAGCUUCAAGGACUGGGGGAGGCUGAUAUCAAGUUCACAUUGACUCCUGUCGCUGUGACGAGUGAAGAAGUUGAAGAGAAACUUAAAUCGUCAAAGUUUCAUCCCAGUGAGACGACGGAGAACAGAGCAGACUUUGGAGGACCAGAACAAGCCAGGAACUCCGGUCCUGAUGGACGUUUACAACCAGGUCCUGAGGACAAGACUGAAGACUCUUCUGAGACUGAAGUCAGUGAGGAUGAAUUGAUGGAGACCAGGGAAACUCAGACUGAUUUAAAUACAAGAAAUAACAAACAGCCUCUAAGUGAUAUGGGAUGUAAGACUGGAAAAAAAAUGUUUAGUUGCUGUGAGUGUGGUAAAAGAUUUAACCAUAGGUGCCGUCUCAAUACACAUAUGAGAAUUCAUACAGGAGAGAAACCGUUUAUUUGCCCUGAGUGUGGUAAAAGAUUUAACCGUAGGUGCCGUCUCAAUACACAUAUAAGGAUUCAUACAGGAGAGAAACCGUUUAUUUGCCCUCAGUGUGGUAAAAGAUUUAACCAUAGGUGCCUUCUCAAUACACACAUGAGGAUUCAUACAGGAGAGAAACCGUUUAGUUGCUCUGAGUGUGGUAAAGGAUUUAUCGAAAGGGGCACUCUACGUAAACAUAUGAGGAUUCAUACAGGAGAGAGACCGUUUAGUUGUUCUGAAUGUGGUAAAGGAUUUAUCGAAAGGAGCGGUCUAAAUACACAUAUGAGGAUUCAUACAGGAGAGAAACCGUUUAGCUGCUCUGAGUGUGGUAAAGCAUUUAUUCAAAGGGGCGUUCUAAAUAUACAUAUGAGGAUUCAUACAGGAGAGAAACCGUUUAGUUGCCCUGAGUGUGGUAAAAGAUUUAACAGAAGGUCAAAUCUAAAGACACACUUGAGGCGUCAUACAGGAGAGAAACCGUUUAGUUGCUUUGAGUGUGGUCAAACAUAUACCCAAAGGCGCACUCUAAAUACACAUAUGAGGAUUCAUACAGAAGAGAAACUGUUUAGUUGAUCUAAGUGUGGUAAAAGAUUUAAGAUUCUGUCCUACUGUACGAGACGUGAGGAUUCAUAAAGGAGAGAAGUGAUUCAAAUGCAACCUUUGCAUCAAAGUAUUUAUUAGGAACUAUGAGCAAAUAUUCAUAUUAUACAUAUUCAUAGUUCACUGUUUUAAAGGGGACAUAUUAUGAAAAUUCCACUUUUGUAGUGCUUCUACACGUUAAUUUGG